AUGCCUUCAAGUGACCAGUCUAUCCAUGCUGAUGGUAGUGACUUAGUUAUUGCGGCAAUAUAUGGUGAACUACAUUUCUUGGCUCUUGCUCGCCCUAGUGACCAAGCAUGGGUAACGAUAGAUACGGACAUUGCAAGUAUCGUAUGUUUGAAGGACUUAAUUUUGAUUUUGAAACUUGAUUAUUCGCUUAGGUACUGUGAUAUUAAACAGAUUGAGGACUUUGAAGCUGUGAAGGUAAUGCAGUAUUUGCCUCCUCCUCCUAUGGACGGCUUUUUUCGUAACAAAUUUAUUGAUUACGAUAACAGUUAUUUGGUAGAAUUGGGUGGUGACCUUGUUAUGGUUAUACGACAUAAGACCCUAAUACAUGAUUUGCAUUUGGAUGGCUAUGUGUAUGUUCGCGAUUAUUACACCGAGUGCUUUGAGGUUUUUAGGCUUAACUACAAGUCUAAAAAGUGGGUGGAAGUUAAAGAUUUGGGCAACUUUAUAAUAUUUCUGGGACUUGGUUGUAAUAUAGCUAUACCUACUUCAUCAUCGACCAAUUGGAAACGAAACUACAUACUUCAGAUGUUUGCCCUCCUAUAUUCUAUGUGCCUAAGCUUUCUAUAUUUGAUUGCUAGUCUUUGCUAUCACACAUUUUAUCAUGAAAGGGAUUAUGUACUAAAAUAA